AUGUCAACAACAAACAUGGCGUCGAGCAGCAGCGGCUACUGGGAAGAUCUACGUAAACAGGCGCGUCAGCUGGAAAACGAAUUGGACCUGAAGUUGGUGUCUUUCUCCAAACUUUGUACAAGUUACAGCAGCGGGAGCUAUGGCCUGGGCAUCAGCGACAGAGCCAGAGACGGCAGGUCUGAUUCCACUGGCUCUUCUCACGACAAUCUCAUGUUGGCCAUGACCACAGAGAUCGAGCAGCUUUUGGCAAAGCUAACAGGCAUAAAUAACAAAAUGGCAGAGUUCACUGCUGAGACAGUUCCACACAACGCAGCACUGAUGCACACUUUACAGCGACACAGAGACAUCUGGCAGGACUACACAAACGAGUUCCAUAAAACCAAAGCCAACUUCUUCAGCCUCAGAGAGAGAGAGGACCUGCUGGGAUCCGUCCACAGAGACAUCGAGUCGUACAAAAGCGGCUCUGGAGUCAACAACCGACGCUCCGAGCUUUUCAUGAAGGAGCACGAACAUCUAAGAAACUCUGAUCGUCUCAUUGACAAUGCAAUAAGCAUCGCCAUGGCAACCAAAGAGAACAUGACGUUUCAGCGCGGGGUGCUCAAGUCCAUUCAGACCAGAGUCACCACUUUGGCCAACCGGUUCCCUUCCAUCAACGGCCUCAUCCAGAGAAUAAACUUACGGAAAAGGAGGGACUCUCUCAUUCUGGGCUCGGUGAUCGGAGUCUGCACCAUUCUCCUGUUGCUUUACACAUUUCACUAA